AUCAGAAGAGUAAUUGACCUAAUCCUUUGGAAGAUGUCUCUCCCUCACAAACACAAAAACGGAUGGCCCUGCCCAGGCCAGAGCGAGGAGAAACAAGACACGGAAGCUGCUUUUGAACAUCAUGACAGAAAAACUCAAACCCAAAAAAUCAAAACCAAGCCAUGGCCGUAACUCUUCCAUCGGCCGCCACAGCACGGCCGAUCUCCGGCUCCGUUACCUUUCGCCGGCCGCCAUCUUGUUUCCUCCCUCCCAAACAACUACCUUUCCUCCCUAUUCCAGCGUCCAAAAACACAAUCCACCGCCACCGUCUGAUAUCCACAGCCACACUAGACGAGAAAGACCCCAUCGGCGUCGCGGAAGAAGAAGAGGAAGAGCAGGGGUUCUCGCAAGAAAUUGAUAAAGAGGUUGAAGAGAAAGUGAGAUUACUGAAGGAUGCUGCGAAGACGAGGAAAGUAACGGCGGCGGAGAUUCUGGAAGCUUUUGCUGUGAUUGAGAAGGCCAAGAUCGAUCCCUCUGGUUUCCUUCACACCCUCGGCGGCACUCAGUCGCCUGGCCGGACUUGGAUGCUUGUCUUCACCGCUCAGAAGAAAUUGAAGGGUGGAAGGUAUUUCCCGAUUACUGCAGUUCAGAGAUUUGAUGCUGCUGGUAAGAGGAUUGAGAAUGGGGUGUAUUUUGGACCAAUUGGAUGGCUGACAUUUGAAGGGAGAUUUGCAUGGAAGAAGAAGAAGAUACUAGCAUUCAUCUUUGAGCGAAUCCGAAUCAAACUCGGGCCAUUUAACCCUCUCGAAAUUGGGAUUGGCAGCGGUGGAGAGCAGGGAGACAAAGAACCAACCACAAAGAAUGAUCCUUUCUUCAUCUGGUUGUACAUCGACCAGGAACUCGCUGUUGGUAGGGGUAGAAGUGGUGGCACUGCUUUCUGGUGCAGAUGCCGCCGUGUUGUUACUAAUGACAUCUGAAACUACUACUCAAAUGAAAUAAGAAAUGAUUACAAGUCAUAGGCCGUUUCUCAUUGCGAAUCAUGUCCCAACUCGCCACUAUCGCAACCACCUGAGCUGAAUUCAACAGAAUCGAGACUAAAACUCUACAAGCGA